AUGGACCCGGGGCCUGCCGGACCCCGCGAGCCCGCCGAGGCCGCGCCGCCGCUCUUCGCGCGCGUCGCCCCUGCGCUCUUCCUCGGGAGCGCGCGCGCCGCGGCCGCGCCGGACCUGCUGACGCGCGCGGGCGUCACUCUGUGCGUCAACGUCUCGCGACAGCAGCCUGGCCCGCGCGCGCCCGGCGUGGCCCAGCUGCGCGUGCCCGUGUUCGACGACCCAGCCGAGGACCUGCUGUCGCACCUGGAGCCCACCUGCGCCGCCAUGGAGGCCGCGCUGCGCGCCGGCGGCGCCUGCCUCGUCUACUGCAAGAACGGCCGCAGCCGCUCGGCCGCCGUCUGCACCGCCUACCUCAUGCGGCACCGCGGCCUCAGCCUGGCGCGCGCCUUCCAGGCGGUGAAGAGCGCCCGCCCCGCGGCCGAGCCGAACCCGGGUUUCUGGGCUCAGCUCCAGAAGUACGAGGAGGCCCUGCAGGCCCAGUCCCUCCUGCCCAGGGAGCCCCCGGGACAGUGCCGAGCCGGGCGAGAGGCGCUGCAGGGCGAGCCCUAG